AUGUAUCCGGACGCCAUCGCCGAGCAGCGCGAGGACCUAUUGAAACGUCAGAAGGAUCUCUUCAACACCGCUAUUGCCAGAAAAGGUCAGCGCGCAUACAACCGACCGACGCGAUCACAGCUCGAGGCCAGCUUUUCGCCCAGCCAGGCGGCGGCGGUGAAGGCAGCGGAAUCCAAUGGCAUGUACGCAGUGCGGCAAACCGUGGUCGGAUACUCAUAUGCACCUUGCACCAUACCCCUGACGGAUCUGACACCGAUCACAAUCGAUGAGCUACGCCUGGAGGAGAACCACUUUGGGAAGGUUUUAUUUGCUCGCGUGUUCGGUACCCCUCUUCGUCUCCAGGCCGUACAAGGCGCCAUUGUCGAUUCCACGGGCGACGUGGACAGGAUCGCGGUGUACAAUUUCGAGAUUGGUCUUACGCCAGAAAUGGUUCUCCCCGAGAAUGCCAUCCUCGCCAUCAAGCAGCCAUAUUACAAAGUCACCAUGGAUGGAGGGGUGAUUGUUCGUAUCGAACACCCUUCGGACUUGGUUCUCCUUCAAGAGAACGAUGGUAGAGCUCCAUCUGCGCUACGCUCCCCAUCUCCAGAUCGCCACCAAAAUGCCWUGGCGUGGAAGGUCAAAGGCAAUCAAGCGUUUAGAGAAAAGGUCUACCGCGAAGCAGUCGCGCUCUAUACCGCAGGGCUGGGUGCCUGCAUAGAUGAGCGAGAUUGUGUCGUGAAGUUUGACCUCCAUCGAAAUCGAGCUGUUGCGAAUUUCAAUCUCCACCGCUUCGAAGCGGCCCUUACUGACGCGGAGGCAUCGAUUAUGCCGGAAGAUUUGCCGAAAGCGCUGGAGAACAAUGUCAAGGCCCUCUAUCGUGCUGGGUGUGCCGCAUAUGAACUUGGUGACUUCUCAAAGGCGGCGGACAGCUUCAGCAAGGCGAUCCAAGCAGCUCCCAGCAACAACGAUGCAACCCGGGAGUUCGCACGAACCCAGGACCGCCUCCAAGAGCAAGUAAAAGGCGAAUACAACUUCCAACAGAUGGUCAAGUCGGUGCAUGUAUAUCAUACCCGACUGGAUCAUGCCGAUUUCGACGCCAAAGUUGAGCCACGUAGCAGCAAGACAGGAGGCAAUGGUCUUUUUGCAAAGGUCGCGAUCAGCGCCGGUGAGCUUGUGUUGUGCGAGAAGGCUUUCGCAGUGGCAUAUGAACAAGACCAAGGCACAGAGCAGACCGUCAUCAUCAACCUCAAUCGAGAUAGUGCCAGCUGUGGUACACACUUUACCAGACUAGUCGCGACGGUUCACAAGAUGCUUCACAGCACAAAGCAUACAGAGCGCUUCCUCACCCUAUGUGACGGUGGUUACGCUCGGAGGGCCGGUAGCGCACUCGUGGACGGCCUUGUGCCAGUGGACACAUUUCAAGUCCAAGCGGCCCUGGAGUUCAACGGCUUCGGCUGCCCUCCAACGACCACAAUGGCACAGGCGGAGUACGAUGAGAAGGUCACCCGCGGCUCGACCGGAGCCUGGGUGACGGCCGCUUUCAUGAAUCACGACUGUAUUGGGAAUGCUCAACGAGCUUUCAYCGGCGACAUGAUGAUUGUGCACGCCACGAAGGAUAUUGCCAAGGACGAGGAGAUUUUACAGAGGUACAAGAAUCCAGRCGACGACAAUGCGAAGUUUCAAAACGAUUUGAAGCAAUGCUGGAACUUCACAUGUAGCUGUCGACUGUGUGUUGCAGAGCGCGCCACUCCCGAUGUGCUGAGACGUAUUCGUAUCGCCAUGAUCAAGAGAGCCAAGACUUUGACGGAAACCAACCAGCUCUCCCCGACCAAUCCUCCCAAGGCUGGAAUGAUUGCUAGAGCAGAGAAAUACCGCGCUCAGGUGGCCAAUAGCUACGACAGCACACUAUUCAAAGAUCUUCCACGCCUUGGUCUUCACGAUCUCGAUCAUUGGCUCUGUAUGGCCUACAUACUCACAGGCCAGGAGAAGAAAGUCCGCGAAGCCGGACUCACUGUUCUGCGGGACCAGGGUAUCGAGUUGACGAUCAAGAAAGAUCGCGUCUCCAUUGUUCGACCAUUUUGUCGUCCCGACGUUACUGGCAUCCAUGCUGCCACUUACAUUGCAGCCGGAUAUUUCAAAGAGGGCAACUCAAAGGUGGGCAAUCAGCUGGAGGCGUUGGCGGAGGAACUGUACCGCAUUGGAUACGGGACGACAUAUGGAUAUCACGGGAGGUUCACUUAG